AAGUAAACAAGCUGGCGUCCGUAAAGUCCUGUAGGCAAAAUUUAUUGUUGAUUUUUUUCAUUUCUACAGCUUUAUGGACCAAAAACUGAAUUCUUAUUAGAAUAAAUUAAAGUUACAGAUUAUUAUUUAAUCUAUUUCAAGAAAUAAUUUCGAAAUGAGCGACGUGGUAUUGGAUGAUAUUGACUUAACGGAUUUUGAUGAUUUCGAGCCGACAUCUCCUAAAAUUCCAAAAAAGGUUAAAAUUUCAAAAAAACCACCUCCUAAGAUAGAAAAAAUCGAUCUGACUCUUAAUGAAGUUGGAAUCUGUACACCGCCUAAAAUUACGAAACUAGAUUUGACGGGAGAUCAAAUUAUUGUAGAAUCACCCGAGAAAACUGAAAAUAAUACCUCUCCUUUCAAAUCUGCUUUCAGCAAGCUGAAGAAGUCGGAGUUUUUCAGCAAUGAAUUACCAACGUGCUCACAAGCAGAAAGUAAAGAAAUCACAACAGGAGUUCCUAAAACUAAAAGUUCUGCCAGCUUCGAUAAUUUACUUAUUAACCCAAAGCAGAAAGGAAAUCCCUUAAUGAAAUACAUAUCUAACAUUUCUUGGGAAUAUUCAGAAAUCGUGCCAGAUUACGCAAUUGGACGAACUACCUGCAUUUUAUUUCUGUCACUUCGUUAUCAUCAACUAAAUCCAGAUUACAUCCACGAGCGGCUGAAACAAUUAGGCAAAGCUUACAAUUUACGAGUGCUUCUUGUACAGAUCGAUAUCGCUGAACCUCACCAUUCCUUAAAACACCUUACAAGAAUUUGCAUUCUCGCCGAUUUGACUUUAAUGCUCGCUUGGAAUGCCGAGGAUGCGGGAAGAAUUAUUGAAACCUACAAAAUUUAUGAGAAAAAACCUCCGGAUAUGAUUAUGGAAAGAACUGAAACAGGAGUGCAACAAAGAUUAAUCAAUGCACUGACGUCUAUACGAUCCGUAAACAAAACUGACGCUAUGACACUUCUAACCAAUUUUGGAUCAAUUGCUGAAAUAGUAAAGACAUCAUCAAAAACUUUAGGGCUCUGUCCUGGAAUUGGACCACGAAAAGCACAACAACUUCAUAAAACUUUGCACGAAACAUUUCUACGAAGCGAUACUUAAUUCAUUCACAAUUUAUUAAUUUGAAAAACUUUACCCGUGAAUAUCUGUCAGUAUCUAUGUUUAUAAAACUUAAUCUGUGAUUUAUUUAGUUUUAUAAAAAUAAAAAAUAUAAUUUUUUUAUAA